CGACGGGUAAACGAAUCGAACCCAAUAUUCCCAAACUCCAAAUCCAAACCACCGUAUAUACGCCUCCCUAGAUCGCCGUAAAAUCAUACCGGCAACUGCUAUCGCCGCUGGUGUAACAAUGGCAGGAGUAUCACUCAAGUGCGGAGAUUGCGGAACUCUACUGAAAUCGGUUGAAGAAGCACAAGAACACGCAGAACUCACCAAGCAUACCGAUUUCUCUGAAUCGACCGAAGCCGUUCUUAACCUAGUCUGUUCCACCUGUGGCAAACCCUGCCGCUCUAAAACCGAGAGUGAUCUGCAUACCAAGAGGACUGGACAUACUGAAUUUUCAGACAAGACUUCGGAGACCGCAAAGCCGAUUACUUUGGAGGUUCCGAAGAAUCAGAGUAGUGAUGAUGUGGAUAUGGUGGAUGCUAGUACUACUGGCGAACCAGAGGAAAUGGUUGUUCCUGAUGUUGACUUAAAGCUACUAGAGGAGCUUGAAUCAAUGGGUUUCUCAAAGGAAAGAUCAACCCGGGCACUUCAUUUCUCUGGUAACUCAAGUCUUGAGGCUGCUGCAAAUUGGAUUGUUGAACAUGAAGAAGAUGCAGACAUAGAUCAAAUGCCUUUGGUGUCUGCCAAGAGUAAAUCAGAGCCUUCAAAGCCUUCUCUUACACCUGAAGAAAGAAAAGCAAAAGCACAAGAACUGAAGGAGAGAGCACGCAAAAAGAAAGAGGAGGAAGAAAAGAGAAUGGAAAGAGAAAGAGAGAAGGAGCGGAUACGAAUUGGGAAGGAACUACUUGAAGCAAAACGCAUGGAGGAAGAAAAUGAAAGAAAACGUAUUAUAGCCUUGCGUAAAGCAGAAAAAGAAGAGGAAAGAAGAGCUAGAGAAAAAAUCAGACAAAAGUUGGAAGAAGAUAAGGCUGAAAGGAGGAGGAAGCUUGGAUUGCCUGCAGAAGACCCCACUGCACCUAAACCUUCUGCACCUGUAGUUGAGGAAAAGAAGAGUUCAUUGCCGAUCAGGCCUGCUACAAAAUCUGAGCAAAUGAGAGAGUGUUUAAGAUCUCUUAAGCAAAGCAAUAAGGAUGACGAGGCAAAAGUGAAGACAGCAUUCAACACCCUGUUGACUUACAUCAAGAACGCUGCAACAAAGCCAGACGAAGAGAAAUUCCGCAAGAUCAGACUUAGCAAUGCUGCCUUUCAGGAUAGAGUGGGGAAAUUGGAAGGUGGGAUUAAGUUUCUUGAGCUGUGUGGAUUUGAAAAAAUUGAAGGGGGGGAAUUCUUGUUUCUGGCUAGAGACAAAAUCGACAGAGCAGUGCUGAAUUCAGCUGGAACAGAACUGAACAGUGCCAUAAAUAAUCCCUUUUUUGGGGUGCUUUGAAUUUUCAUCUUAUCUCAUGUUUUAAAUUUACUAAUUACAUCAUCAAUCUUGGAUUGAUUCGUGUUAAAUACUCUUGAAAAACUACUUUGUUAAAAAUAGUCAUGAUUGCAACUGUUUUUUUUUU